AUCAUAUUUGACCAUCAAAUGUCCUUCCACUAACAAGCACUUUUUGGACGUCAUAAACCUCAGCAAGUGCCAAGACUCAGAAUGAAGGCCUACUGGUUUGACAACCUUCCGGGUGAUCAACGGGAGGCUCACGACUCUGGCCGGGAAGUGAGCUCCGAAUACUUGAACAAGCUCGGUAUCAUGUAUUUCAACUACCCAAAUGUUGAAGAUGUAAAUUCCCUGGCCGCCAAGCGAAAAUACAAGAACCGCGACGAAAUCACCAUAUCUCCAACGACUAUGGGUGACGUUUAUGAGGAUAAGGUGAAGAUGUUCUUCAACGAACACCUGCAUGAGGAUGAGGAGAUUCGGUACAUCUUGGAUGGCGGCGGGUUCUUCGAUGUCCGAAGUGAUGGUGACGAGUGGGUGAGGAUCAAGUUGGAGAAGUAUGAUUUGAUGAUAAUGCCCGCUGGCAUUUAUCACCGCUUCACUACGGAUACGCAGAACUACACAAAGGCCAUGCGACUGUUCAAGGAGGACCCCAAGUGGACACCCUUAAACCGGGGCGCUGAGACUGACAACAACGAGUACCGCGAGGCUUACCUUAAGAUGAGGGAUGGAAGCGCUCCGAUUCCUAGCCACUGAACUGUCCUAUGAUUGCGCGAAUGUUCUCCACAAAAGCUGUGACGGUCGCAACAGUUCUUUGAUGGCAAUAGAGCCUUGGCGUAGGACAGGUAUGCAGUAUCUUGCACAAAUUCUAUUCUUAUGGUUACCUCAAUCCUCUCACCCCUCCCGCCCGACUCAAUCAGUAUCGUGAUUUCGCUUCUUCAGUCGCGCAGUUUGUGGUUUCAUUGCUGCACCUCCCAGAACAAGCACCAGGAGCUUUGCCCACUUCU